AUGGGUACGACCUCGUCAAAGGAAUACUACGAGUAUCACCACCACCACCGCCACCACCAUCACCACGGCGCAAAGAAGCGCCUCUAUCUCGAACCUCCCACCAACGGCGCCGUCACGGUCCGCACAAAGAAGACCACAUUCAUCCCGGCUCGCGAGCCCACCCCGCCUCCCAUCAUCGUCAAGCCCGCCCCGCCGCCGCCCGUGAUUGUCAAGCCUCCUCCGCCUCCCCCACCGCCCGUCGUCCUACCCCUCCCGCCUCCGCCGCCGCCGCCACCCGUUGUCGUUCCGGAGCCCCUGCCACCCAUCGAGGUCAUCGCAGUUGACGUCGAGCCUUCGGUGAAGAGCAGCAAGUCGAGCAGGAGCAGCCGGUCGAGGAGCCACAGCCACUCGCGGAGAGGCAGCCGCGACAGGGAGAGGGAUAUCAGAGAGGUGUACGUUGAGCGGGAGAAGCUCGUGCCCGUCCGGGUGCCCUACCCCGUCCCCGUCCCCGUUGAGCCGCGGUACGAGACGUUCCGCUACGUCGAGGGUAGAAGGUACUCGCCGCCCAGGAUGCUGCCGCCGCCCCCGCCCCCUGAAGAGGAGAGGAUGAGGGUUACCAUCUCCGACCGGAGGAGGGAGAGAGAGUACAACGACUACAGCUACAGGCGGUGA